AUGCAGUACACCUACAACUAUGAAGAAGAUGAGUACAUGACCCAAGAAGAAGAAUGGGACAGGGACCUGCUCCUGGAUCCAGCAUGGGAGAAACAGCAAAGGAAGACGUUUACAGCCUGGUGCAAUUCCCACCUCAGGAAAGCAGGCACACAGAUUGAAAACAUUGAAGAGGACUUCAGAAAUGGCCUCAAACUGAUGCUCCUCUUGGAAGUUAUCUCAGGGGAAAGACUACCGAAACCAGACAGAGGGAAGAUGCGCUUCCAUAAAAUUGCUAAUGUCAACAAAGCUCUGGAUUAUAUCGCCAGCAAAGGAGUGAAACUUGUGUCAAUUGGUGCAGAAGAAAUUGUUGACGGCAACGUGAAAAUGACGCUGGGUAUGAUCUGGACUAUCAUCCUUCGCUUUGCUAUUCAGGAUAUUUCAGUGGAAGAGACCUCUGCCAAAGAAGGGCUGCUGCUGUGGUGUCAAAGAAAAACUGCUCCUUACAGAAAUGUGAACAUUCAGAACUUCCAUCUUAGCUGGAAAGAUGGCCUUGGAUUGUGUGCACUUAUCCACAGACACCGACCUGAUCUUAUUGACUACUCCAAGCUAAAUAAGGUCAUCAGUCUGGGUG